UGUUCCUGACCUUGGCUAGUUUUCAUAUUCUCCGUUUUGGAUCACCUGAAUUGCCCUGUCUGCCCGUGUACCGAUCAUUGCCUGUCCGACCAUUCUAAUUAAAUCUGCGCUCUGCGCUUGGACCCAACCCCGUCUGGUAUUCCGUACAGUAUGGUUUAGAUGAAAUAGGGAGCUCGUGUCAGUGCGGGGAGCGCACUUAUUGAUUCUGCCCUGUCAUCCUCCAUUUACUGUUGGCCCUGAAAACUCCCAGAACCAGACCAUGGUUGAAAUUGAAAAAAGAAAGGGAGGGGUGGCAGUAUAUUAUUCCCGACCAUUGGAAGUAGCCCUGCCCCAAACGUGCAUGGGAUACUUCUCGUACAGAAUCCAGUGGUGAUCUCAUCGUUCUCGUUUACUGAGGACCCGCUCUCCACAACCCCUAACUCUUACCACUGGCAACCCGUCCUCUAACGAUACCAGCUGGUGCAGAGCAGAGAAGGAGGGAGGGGAGAGAGAAAGAAAAACAGGAGCCUAAACAGUCUCCUGCGGAGAAUCAGGGGACCGCACCAAGGCGCGCUCACACACACGCCGCACAUACGGGCGCACUUCGGGACAGAAUAGGUUGACGCUCCCUCUAUAGGCUAUUUCUAUUUAAGACACUUUUGUUUAAAAGGCAGAAUGAAUAGAAGCUUCGCCGAUCCGUCUGUACUGUAAGGCCUGGAAAAGCCCACAUAGCUCUGGCUGUAGGACACUUUCAGACCAUCACGCCACCACCCGUGACCGAGACAGAAUGUCAAGGAGCCCCGGAGAAAGUAGCGGCAGGAGCGGCUCCGACAGAGACGUGAAAAUGGCCUCUUCGAACAACACAUCGCCAGAAGGAGCACCCCCGUCAGUCCACACCCGCAUACGGCAGUCGGACAGCAACACCAGCUUCCUGCGUGCGGCGAGGGCGGGGAACCUGGACAAGGUCCUGGAGCUCCUGAAGGGUGGCGUGGACAUCAGCACCUGCAACCAGAAUGGUCUCAACGCGCUGCACCUGGCAGCCAAAGAGGGGCAUGAGGACCUGGUGGAGGAGCUGCUGGAGAGAGGCGCGCCCGUUGACUCUUCCACUAAGAAAGGAAAUACUGCCCUUCACAUCGCUUCUUUAGCUGGACAAAGAGAAGUGGCCAGACUGCUGUUGAAGAGAGGGGCAGAUGUCAACGCCCAAUCACAGAAUGGUUUCACGCCUCUGUACAUGGCGGCCCAGGAGAACCACCUGGAGGUGGUGCGGUACCUGCUGGAGAACGAAGGGAACCAGAGCACUGCCACAGAGGACGGCUUCACCCCGCUGGCCAUCGCCCUCCAGCAGGGCCACAACCAGGUGGUGUCCCUGCUGCUGGAGCACGACACCAAGGGCAAGGUCCGCCUGCCGGCGCUGCACAUCGCCGCCCGCAAAGACGACACCAAGUCUGCCGCUCUGCUGCUGCAGAACGACCACAACGCCGACGUGCAGUCCAAGAUGAUGGUCAAUAGGACUACGGAGAGUGGUUUCACACCUCUGCACAUUGCUGCUCACUAUGGCAACGUGAAUGUCUCCACCCUACUGCUAAACAGAGGGGCUGCUGUGGACUUCACAGCCAGGAAUGGAAUAACCCCCUUGCAUGUGGCCUCCAAGAGAGGAAACACCAACAUGGUGGCCCUGCUGCUGGACCGAGGAGCUCAGAUUGAUGCCAAGACCAGGGACGGCCUCACCCCACUGCACUGUGCGGCCAGGAGUGGACACGACCCAGCACUGGAGCUACUGCUGGAGAGAGGAGCACCUAUGCUAGCGAGGACCAAGAACGGCUUGUCCCCGCUCCACAUGUCGGCCCAGGGCGACCACGUGGAGUGUGUGAAGCACCUGCUGCAGUACAAGGCGCCUGUUGAUGAUGUCACUCUCGACUACCUGACAGCAGUGCACGUGGCGGCCCACUGUGGACACUACCGGGUCACCAAGCUGCUGCUGGACAAGAGGGCCAACCCCAAUACGAGGGCGCUGAAUGGCUUCACCCCUCUGCAUAUUGCCUGUAAGAAGAACCGAGUGAAAGUGAUGGAGCUGCUGAUCAAGUAUGGAGCCUCCAUCCAGGCCAUUACUGAGUCGGGUCUGACGCCCAUCCAUGUAGCAGCGUUCAUGGGCCACCUCAACAUCGUCCUGCUGCUGCUGCAGAACGGAGCCUCGCCCGACGUCUGCAACAUUCGUGGAGAGACAGCCCUCCACAUGGCAGCCCGUGCAGGUCAGAUGGAGGUGGUUCGCUGUCUGCUGAGGAAUGGAGCUCUGGUAGACGCCGUGGCCAGGGAGGACCAGACCCCGCUCCAUAUCGCGUCUCGCCUGGGGAAGAUGGACAUCGUCCAGCUGCUCCUGCAGCACAUGGCCCACCCUGAUGCCUGCACCACCAACGGCUACACCCCCCUGCACAUCUCCGCCCGGGAGGGCCAGCUGGACACGGCUGCAGUGCUGCUGGAGGCUGGAGCCUCGCACUCGCUGGCCACCAAGAAAGGGUUCACCCCCCUACACGUAGCAGCCAAGUACGGGAGCCUGGAGGUAGCUAAGCUUCUGCUGCAACGCAAGGCUCUCCCUGACGAUGCUGGCAAGAGCGGCCUCACUCCUCUGCACGUCGCCACUCACUAUGACAACGAACAGGUGGCGCUGUUGCUGCUGGACAAAGGGGCGUCGCCCCACGCCACUGCCAAGAAUGGCUACACGCCUCUCCACAUCGCGGCCAAGAAGAACCAGACGAGUGUGGGCUCGUCCCUGCUGCAGUAUGGGGCGGAGACCAACGUGUUGACCAAGCAGGGCGUCACCCCGCUGCACCUGGCGUCUCAGGAGGGCCACGCAGAGAUGGCUAGCGUUCUGCUGGGCAAAGGAGCCCACGUCAACGCAGCCACCAAGAGUGGCCUGACCUCUCUUCACCUCGCUGCUCAGGAGGACAGAGUCCACGUCGCAGAAACCCUGGCUAAACAUGAUGCCAUCCUGGACCAGCAGACAAAACUGGGCUAUACCCCCCUCAUAGUCGCCUGUCACUAUGGAAAUGCCAAGAUGGUCAACUUCCUGCUGCAGCAAGGUGCUUGUGUCAAUGCCAAGACUAAAAAUGGAUACACUCCCCUCCACCAGGCAGCACAGCAGGGGAAUACGCACAUCAUCAAUGUGCUGCUGCAGCAUGGGGCCAAACCCAACGCGACCACUGUGAAUGGAAACACUGCUCUGUCCAUCGCCCGUCGUCUAGGCUACAUCUCUGUGGUGGACACCCUGAAGGUUGUCACGGAAGAGGUCAUCACCACCACAACGACGGUGACAGAGAAACACAAGAUGAACGUCCCAGAGACAAUGACAGAGAUUCUCGACGUGUCAGAUGAGGAGGGUGAGGACACGAUGACAGGGGAUGGAGGAGAGUACUUGAGGGCUGAGGACCUGCGGGAGCUGGGAGAUGACUCCCUGCCUGGACAGUACCUGGAGAGCUUCAGCUACAUGAGUCACAAUCUGGACAGCAGAUCCCACCAGACUCCAAUUCACCACCAGAGAGAAGGGGUCCUAAUAGAAGAGAUCUUCACCAGUCACCAGAUGUCGUCUCUCUCGAGGGAUAAUGACAAGGACUCGUUUCGUCUGAGCUGGGGAGCUGAGCACCUGGACAACGUGGUGUUGUCCUCCAGCCUGCUACACUCAGGCUUCCUGGUCAGCUUCAUGGUUGAUGCCAGGGGAGGGGCAAUGCGCGGUUGCCGUCACAAUGGCUUGCGCAUCAUCGUCCCGCCAAGGAAGUGCUCUGCGCCCACGCGGGUGACGUGCCGCCUGGUGAAGAGGCACCGCCUGGCAUCCAUGCCCCCCAUGGUGGAGGGAGAGGGGCUGGCCGGACGCAUCAUAGAGGUCGGACCCACUGGAGCCCAGUUCCUAGGUAAGCUCCACCUCCCCACGGCCCCGCCCCCUCUGAAUGAGGGCGAGAGCCUGGUGAGCCGCAUCCUGCAGCUGGGUCCUCCAGGGACCAAGUUCCUCGGGCCUGUGAUCGUGGAGAUCCCCCACUUUGCUGCCCUGCGGGGAACAGAGCGGGAGCUGGUCAUCCUGAGGAGCGAGACGGGGGAGAGCUGGAGGGAACACCACUGUGAACACACAGAGGAGGAGCUCAACCUCAUACUCAACGGCAUGGAUGAGGAGCUGGACUCUCCAGAGGAGCUGGAAAAGAAGAGGAUCUGCCGUAUCAUCACGCGCGAUUUCCCACAAUACUUUGCGGUGGUGUCGCGGAUCAAGCAGGAUAGCCAGCUGAUUGGUCCAGAAGGUGGGGUGCUAAGCAGUACUCUGGUGCCGCAGGUCCAGGCAGUGUUCCCCGAGGGAGCCCUCACCAAGAAGAUCAGGGUCGGACUGCAGGCCCAGCCAAUUGGUGUAGACCUCAUCAGGAAGAUCCUGGGUAAUAAGGCCACAUUCAGUCCCAUCGUCACGCUGGAACCAAGGAGGAGAAAGUUUCACAAACCAAUCACCAUGACAAUCCCCGUCCCUAAGAGCUCGGCGAACGAUGGAACGACCAGUGUGUUUGCUGGAGACACACCCACCCUGCGUUUGCUGUGCAGUAUUACAGGUGGAACCACUCCUGCCCAAUGGGAAGACAUCACAGGGUCCACACCCCUAACCUUCAUCAACCAAUGUGUGUCCUUCACCACCAACGUGUCAGCAAGGUUCUGGCUGAUCGACUGCCGGCAGUUGCAGGAGUCGGUCAGCUUCUCCACGCAGCUUUACCGGGAAAUCAUCUGUGUGCCCUACAUGGCCAAGUUUGUCAUCUUCGCCAAGACGCUGGAUCCCAUCGAGGCGCGCCUGCGCUGCUUCUGCAUGACGGACGACAAGAUGGACAAGACCCUGGAGCAGCAGGAGAACUUCACUGAGGUGGCGCGGAGCAGGGACGUGGAGGUGCUGGAAGGGAAGCCGAUUUUCGCAGACUGCUUUGGGAACCUGGUGCCUUUAACCAAGAGUGGACAGCAUCACGUUUUCAGCUUCUUCGCUUUCAAAGAAAACCGACUCGCCCUCUUCAUCAAAAUCCGGGACACGGCCCAGGAGCCUUGUGGACGCCUGUCGUUCACCAAGGAACCCCGUACCUACCGCAGUCUUACCCACAAUGCUAUCUGCAACCUCAAUAUCACGCUUCCUAUGUACUGCAAGGAGUCAGAUUCCGACCAAGACGCUGAUGAUGAGAGUGAAAAGAGUGACAAGAAAUACGAUGAAACGGAAUCGACCGAGACGUUCACCUUGCAAAGCAACCAGGUUCUAGACCCUGCUACCCUGGCGAGCCCAGACCUCCUCUCCGACGUCUCCGAUAUGAAACAUGACCUCAUUAAAAUGUCCACCAUCUUGACAUCUGACAGAGUGGAACAUGCAAGCUCCUCUGUCCAAGGGAGAAGAGAAGAGUUUAGAGGGCUGGAGGAGGAGGGGGAGGCAGGCGAGCCUUUUGAGAUCGUGGGGCAGGUGAAAGACAACCUGGAGAAGAUUGGAGAGAUUUUACGAGGAGAUGUGGUCACCGUUUACACAGUAGAAAAUCCAAGCAUGGAGGAUAGCGGGUGGGUUCUCCUGUCUCAAACUGAUGUUGUAGAGACCAAAGGCAUGACUGCUCCCGUUGUUCAGGAGCCGCUAGUACAAGAUCUCCGGAUUGAGAAGUCGUCCUCCCGGCAGACUGUAGACCUCAGAGACAUGUCAGGGAUGGUGACACACCUCAGUAUGGACAUGGCCCAGAAUGUGGAACAAAUACCAGUGCCGACUAAAAGUCGACCAGAGGAGGACAUUGUCCAAGAUGUUGCCCUGCAGAAGAAUGGGAAACACCAUCCCCCAGAAAUUAAGAAGCCCAUUAGGAGGAAGCUAAGGGACAGGGAACGUUCUGGAUGCAGCAGCUCAGAGGGUGAGCUCGAGAGGAUGAGCUCGCAGGAGUCUCUGGAUGGUGAUGUUGUUCUAGGCCAACCUGGUCCUGAAUCAACUCCAGUGGUAGAGGGUUCUCAAUGGGAGCCUGGCUCUGGACCAUCCCCAGCCAUGGAGCCACCAGUGUCACCCCGGGUGGUUGAAACCCCAAUUGGCUCAAUUAAAGAAAGGGUGAAAGCUUUGCAGAAGAAGGUCGAAGAAGAAGAGGGAGAAGAAAGGAAUAAGAAGCAUGAGCAGGUGACGGUCGCUCAGGUUAAAACCAUCGCUACCAUGAAAGAAGCAAAAGUGACCGAAAUGCCUGACCUUCCCAAAACACCCAAAUCUCCCAGGUCUCAGACAGAGAGGCUGGAAGAGACCAUGUCUGUUCGGGAGCUAAUGAAGGCAUUCCAAACAGGGCAGGACCCUUCCAAGAACAAAGCUGGGCUUUUUGAACACAAAGCCGUGACCUCUUCUGACAUAACAAUUUCAACAUUGGACUCUGAUGCUGUAGUCUCUGAUGAGACCCAAAGAGCUGAGCCCAGUGCCUACCCCUCAUCAAAGUUUCAGACUCCCACAAUCCUCUUCCCAGAAGGUAACAUCCUUCCACAUGAUGAAAAUACAAUACCAGGUGAGGUAACUAAAAGCCCAGCAAGGGCAUUCUCUGAAGAGUCAGAGAAUGAUUCUUCAAGCGUUCAACAGUCAGUUAUCACUAUAGACCAGCCUCACCCAGGCUGCGCUGAGCUUAGCUUUGAAGGAAAAACUUUAGUAAAAGUAGAAAUGAGCUCAGAUAAGAUGCUAAAGGACGAGACAGAGACUGACAGGAGGCGAUCUGAAGACUUACAGAUCAGCCCAGACAGAAGACCCUCUGAGGACUUUAGUGCUGAUAUCAAGGCUGAGCUGGAGGAGAGUCCUGAGUACCAGCUGUUCAGGCAGACCUCAUCCACAUGUGAAAAGAACCACCAACUGAACACCACUAAUAAGGAGUUCUUCGCUGGAAACCAUGGCACCCACCCUGCCGCUUACUUCAGCCAGUGUGUAAGCGAUGACGACGGUGACUUUUACUCUAAGAGUGAGUGUCAUGUGAGAGAUGUGGUUGCAAGCUCAGAGAGUCUGGAACGUGAAAGAAUAUCUUUGGGGCGUACUUCAGUCAGCAGUGUGGGUCACAGGACGUCACACUCAAGCUCAGGAGACAGUGAGAAACAUGAAGCGCAAGUAGAGAUGACCCAAACGGACCUAGACACCCCAACCUUCUCUUCUAAAGAUGAAACAGUUGAAGUAGACAAAGGUAAAGGAGAUCCAGUGAAAGAAGAUUGGCAAGUUUCUGGUGACCAAUUACAUUUUGCUGAAACUCAUGCAGGUUUUGAAGACGCCAAAGAGAUUUCUCAUAACAUUUUAGGUGAGGAGCCUGUAGCACAUGAAGUCAAGCUUGAGGGAAAGACCUCCAUUAAGGUUGCAACAGUGAAGGACAUGUCUGGCAUGGCGUCACUCCUCACUGGAGACUUGGAGCGGUAUCUGGAUGAGCUACCCGAUGUCACUUCAAGCCAACCAGAGGACGAGACUAUCGUACAGGAGAGAUUUGAACAAAUAAUACUUGCAAAGGGUCACGAACCAGAAAUUGUGACCUCUUCAGAUGUUAAGAGCAUGGAGCCUGUAUUACAGGAAGUCAAGCUUGAGAGAAAGACCUCCAUUCCAGCUACAUCAGUGAAGGACAUGUCUGGCAUGGCAUCACUCCUCACUGGAGACUUGGAGCACUACCUGGAAGAGCAGCCUGUGGUCGCUGCUUGCCAAUCAGAGGAGGACACCAUAGAACUGGAGAAGUUUGAACAGGUGUUUCUGACACGGGAUCGCAAACAAGAAACCCAGACAUUGUACACAGAUGAGGAAAACAUGUUGGAGGAAAAUAUGGAAGGAGAAUGGAAGGAUUAUGCAUUCUCUAGAGAGGAGGGACACAUGCAGACUGGUACUUAUUCAUCAAACAGUGACUCAGAGGAUCUCACAGUUCAUCUACAGAAGUCAUAUAAGACUGUUCCUACUACACAUGGCUCUGAGCAUGACACACAAAUUGCCUCAACAACCACUCUAAAGGACUGGCAUACCAGCAAGGUAAAAGAAUCACUAGAUGUCAUACACACUGACCUAGAAAACCAAGACUCCAUUUUAACAGAACAAGACUGUGCUGAAGCCAGUCAGAAGACUCCAGAGGUACAAGAAAGCAAGUCAGACAAGUCAAUUGCUGAAACUCCUGCAGAUUUUGAAGACGUUAAAGACAUUACUCAUAACAUUUUAGCUGAGGAGCCUGUAGCACAGGAAGUCAAGCUUGAGAGAAAGACCUCCAUUAAAACUACAACAGUGAAGGAGAUGUCUGGCAUGGCGUCACUCCUCACUGGAGACUUGGACCGGUAUCUGGAUGAGCAGCCCAUUGUCACUUCAAGCCAACCAGAGGACAAAAUUAUCAUACAGGAGAGAUUUGAACAAAUAAUACUUGCAAAGGGUCACAAACCAGAAAUGCUGACCUCUUCAGAUGUUAAGAGCAUUGAACCUGUAUUACAGGAAGUCACGCUUGAGAGAAAGACCUCCAUUCCAGCUACAACAGUGAAGGACAUGUCUGGCAUGGCAUCACUCCUCACUGGAGACUUGGAGCACUACCUGGAAGAGCAGCCUGUGGUCGCUGCUUGCCAACCAGAGGAGGACACCAUAGAACUGGAGAAGUUUGAACAGGUGUUUCUGACACGGGAUCGCAAACAAGAAACCCAGACAUUGUACACAGAUGAGGAAAACAUGUUGGAGGAAAAUAUGGAAGGAGAAUGGAAGGAUUAUGCAUUCUCUAGAGAGGAGGGACACAUGCAGACUGGUACUUAUUCAUCAAACAGUGACUCAGAGGAUCUCACAGUUCAUCUACAGAAGUCAUCUAAGACUGUUCCUACUACACAUGGCUCUGAGCUUGACACACAAAUUGCCUCAACAACCACUCUAAAGGACUGGUAUACCAGCGAGGUAAGAGAAUCACUAGAUGUCAUACACACUGACCUAGACAACCAGGACUCCAUUUUAACAGAACAAGACUGUGCUGAGGCCAGUCAGAAGACUCCAGAGGUACAAGAAAGCAAGUCAGACAAGUCAAUUGCUGAAACUCCUGCAGUUUUUGAAGACGUUAAAGAGAUUACUCAUAAUAUUUUAGCUGAGGAGCCUGUAGCACAGGAAGUCAAGCUUGAGAGAAAGACCUCCAUUAAAGCUACAACAGUGAAGGAGAUGUCUGGCAUGGCGUCACUCCUCACUGGAGACUUGGACCGGUAUCUGGAUGAGCAGCCCAUUGUCACUUCAAGCCAACCAGAGGACGAGACUAUCAUACAGGAGAGAUUUGAACAAAUAAUACUUGCAAAGGGUCACAAACCAGAAAUUGUGACCUCUUCAGAUGUUAAAGGCAUGGAACCUGUAUUACAGGAAGUCACGCUUGAGAGAAAGACCUCCAUUAAGGCUACAUCAGUGAAGGACAUGUCUGGCAUGGCGUCACUCCUCACUGGAGACUUGGAGCACUACCUGGAAGAGCAGCCUGUGGUCGCUGCUUGCCAACCAGAGGAGGACACCAUAGAACUGGAUAAGUUUGAACAGGUGUUUCUGACACGGGAUCGCAAACAAGAAACCCGGACAUUGUACACAGAUGAGGAAAACAUGUUGGACGAAAAUAUGGAAGGAGAAUGGAAGGAUUAUGCAUUCUCUAGAGAGGAGGGACACAUGCAGACUGGUACUUAUUCAUCAAACAGUGACUCAGAGGAUCUCACAGUUCAUCUACAGAAGUCAUCUAAGACUGUUCCUACUACACAUGGCUCUGAGCUUGACACACAAAUUGCCUCAACUACCACUCUAAAGGACUGGUAUACCAGCGAGGUAAGAGAAUCACUAGAUGUCAUACACACUGACCUAGACAACCAGGACUCCAUUUUAACAGAACAAGACUGUGCUGAGGCCAGUCAGAAGACUCCAGAGGUACAAGAAAGCAAGUCAGACAAGUCAAUUGCUGAAACUCCUGCAGUUUAUGAAGACGUUAAAGAGAUUACUCAUAAUAUUUUAGCUGAGGAGCCUGUAGCACAGGAAGUCAAGCUUGAGAGAAAGACCUCCAUUAAAGCUACAACAGUGAAGGAUAUGUCUGGCAUGGCGUCACUCCUCACUGGAGACUUGGACCGGUAUCUGGAUGAGCAGCCCAUUGUCACUUCAAGCCAACCAGAGGACGAGACUAUCAUACAGGAGAGAUUUGAACAAAUAAUACUUGCAAAGGGUCACAAACCAGAAAUUGUGACCUCUUCAGAUGUUAAAGGCAUGGAACCUGUAUUACAGGAAGUCACGCUUGAGAGAAAGACCUCCAUUAAGGCUACAUCAGUGAAGGACAUGUCUGGCAUGGCGUCACUCCUCACUGGAGACUUGGAGCACUACCUGGAAGAGCAGCCUGUGGUCGCUGCUUGCCAACCAGAGGAGGACACCAUAGAACUGGAUAAGUUUGAACAGGUGUUUCUGACACGGGAUCGCAAACAAGAAACCCGGACAUUGUACACAGAUGAGGAAAACAUGUUGGACGAAAAUAUGGAAGGAGAAUGGAAGGAUUAUGCAUUCUCUAGAGAGGAGGGACACAUGCAGACUGGUACUUAUUCAUCAAACAGUGACUCAGAGGAUCUCACAGUUCAUCUACAGAAGUCAUCUAAGACUGUUCCUACUACACAUGGCUCUGAGCUUGACACACAAAUUGCCUCAACUACCACUCUAAAGGACUGGCAUACCAGCGAGGUAAGAGAAUCACUAGAUGUCAUACACACUGACCUAGACAACCAAGACUCCAUUUUAACAGAACAAGACUGUGCUGAGGCCAGUCAGAAGACUCCAGAGGUACAAGAAAGCAAGUCAGACAAGUCAAUUGAAAGAGGGUUGGUAUACGGACCUGAUUAUUUAGGUCUUCCUAUCAAACCUUUAGACUUGGAGACUUUACACACAGUAGCCAUGGAUGACCUGGAGAGAUGUCCUUCCAACAGAGACUCCCUGGAGAAUAGUCCAAACAUAGAGGACAGGUCUUCCAAUCAAUCUCCUGAUUCUAUUGACCCAAGCCCAACUAGGGAGUCUCCCUGCCCAGACUCACUAGAAGGAAGUCCAACUGAACCAAAACUGUACACGGCACGGCACAGCUUUCAAGAAAAUUACCAAGAUACACCAAGAAAGGCAGCUGUUUAUGAGGACUAUGCCUCCCAGCUUAAAGCUUGUUAUGCCUAUGACAGAAGCGUUUAUGAGGAAGAGGGUGAUGACCAACUAGUCCAUGGUAUUGAAAUCGACGGGGGUGAAGAAGAUGAUGAGGCCGCCCAAAGGCAGAUCACACCAGAGGAGGAGAUGUUCAAAUUGGCCACCAAGAUAAAAACAUUUGAGGAAAUGUAUGAGGAAGACAAAAUCAGGAAAGGUUGUACAUUCUCAGGUGCCUCAUUUUUAUCAGAGACGGGAGAAUAUGAAAAAGGAAUGUACCCUGACAGUAUCCCAACUGACAGAGAGGCUGAAGAGGUUGACCUCAAAAAGGAAUCCAAUGCUCAUGAUGUUGAACAUUUCUCUGGAAUGCAGCGUUCAUCCCCACAUGUAGAUGAUGAAAGUAAAUGUCCAGGCUACUGUGAUACUACGUUAUUUGCGAGAGUGUCAAUAGAUUCUCAGACAGCCUGUCAGUCUAAUGAUGAUUUAAUCAAGAAGAAAGAAACAUUUGCCACAGAGGACAUGAGUGAGGAUAUCAUGGACAAUACCAAAGAGAUAGUAUACACAGAGAGGGAGGACAAACAUGAUCAGUCACAGUUAAGUGUCAGUCUGUCAGAUGAAAGGCUGUCAGACAGUGAACAGAGCUGUUCAACGAAACAUGAGAAAGUUAAUAAAGAGCAAGGGGACUCAGAAGUUGCAUGUAAACCAGAAAUGUGCACAGAUGAACACAGAAGAGAGGGUGCUGAUGGAGAAGAAGCCAUAUUAGAGAUGCAGUCAGAUGCAAUGGCGGUUCGUGGAGAAUUAGUGCCUUGGAGCUCUUUGACUGAUUGCACUGAGGAGGAGGAUGAUGAAGCAUUCAAUGCUCGUGUGGAGGCGGAGGAACAGAGGAUUCUGGGAAUUGCGGCGGAGCUGAGAACCCCUGACACCACACCAGGCCGGACACCAACUGAAGAGGGAACCCCAAGCCCUUUUCAGUUCCAAGAAGGGAAGCUCUUCGAGAUGACAAGAGGGGGUGCCAUUGACAUGACUAGGAGAAGCUGUGAGGAAGGGGAAGGGUUUGAGUUUUUCCACAUAGGCGAUCACCCCGUAGAUGUGAUUGCGGGGGAAGACACUAGAGUGGGACAAACCAAAGAUCUCUCUGAGUCACCUCUUCCAAGCACACCUUUGGCUGUGGAGUCAACUUCACCACCGGCUGAGGUUGCGCACAUCAAAAUCCCCGUCCCCAUGCCUAGAGGCCUGUGUAGAACAGAGCCAUCCGAUUCUGCUGAUGUACCAGCAAGUGGACACCCACUGCUGAAAGCAGGCAUGACAAGUUCUACUGACUCUCAUUUAGGUUCUCCAGACCGCUACAUCUGUGACCCUCACAAAGACAUAACGAGCCCCACAGAACUGGAGUUUGGUUAUUUAGACUCCACCAUAGCCGACCUUCAAACCGCUACAUCCACUGUCACCCGCUCUGUGUACUCAGACCAGACCCUGGAUUCCUCCGAAUCAUCCCCGGAGGAUGAAGAAGAAGAGGAGGAGGAGGAUCUGUGCUCAGUUAUCGAGGUGCCCACUGCAACUGAAGUCAAGGUGUCACCCUCUAGUGUGUCAGCAGCCUCUGACAUCUCUGCAGAUUUUCAGGAGUCGCCUCCGCCGGUGUCGUCGAAUCAGCAUAGUACAGCUAAGGAGGCUGGAAAAUUCAAAUCAAAGAUACCUUUAAAAACGGGUUCAAUGAAAUACACCCAGGAGAAAUCCUUAGACCAGGAGCGCAGGACUAGAUCAGAGGCUGAUGUUAAGACUUGUAAAGAUGUGGGCAAAGACAGUAGGAGUCUUUCUGACCGGGAUAACCCCUGUGCUAAAUCAACACCUCUCCCCUCCCGACUUCCUAUCAAACAGAAACAAAAUGCUUGCUUUUCCUCUCAAGCUGACGGGGACCAGCUCUCUGACGUUCCAGAGCCUUCUGUCAGAUCGUCCGUGUACACAGAGGAUGUCAGUAGUGCUGAUCCCAAGAGUCCAGAUUCUGUUAUCUUCAAAUACGACAGUCCGGUCUCUUUUAGUUCUGAUCCCAAAACUAGGCUCCCUCUGGGGGCACGACCCUCAUCUGUGACAGAGGACGUCUUUGAGUCGAGACCCAUCUGGGACGACACAGUGGAAACUCAGAUGCAGCGAAUCGUCGACGACCAAACUCCAGAGCAACAUCAAGUGGAUUGGCAGGAUGAUGCGGACAGGAAAGAGGAGACUCUGGCUAUCAUUGCCGACCUGCUUGGCUUCAGCUGGACAGAGCUGGCCCGGGAACUGGAGUUCAGUGAGGAUGAGAUGCAGCAGGUAAGGACGGAGAACCCCAACUCCCUCCAGGAGCAGAGCCAGGCCCUGCUGCAGCGCUGGGCCCAGAGGGAGGGCAAGCACGCCACCGAGGAUGGCCUGAUAAAAAGACUGACCAAGAUCAACCGUAUGGAUAUAGUCCACCUCAUUGAGACACAGAUGAACAAAUCUGUCCAGGAGCAGACUUCUAGAACCUAUGCAGAGAUAGAGAAGACACUGGAUCACAGUGAAGUGUCAGUCGCCCUCUCCUUAGUGCAGGAAGAUGUAGACAGCCCCAGACUGGUGCGGAUGGUGGAGUCAGACCGCAGGCCGCCCCCUGCCGUCUCUGAGGAAGACCUAUCAGUGGCCUCCCUCUUGGACAUUCCUUCCUGGUCGGAGCCUAUGGGGCACACCCACUCUGAGAGCAUGCACUGUGAUCUACUGGAGGAGCUUGAGAUUCCACAUGAACUGAACCCCAAUGUCUGGACGUCGGAGGACGUCAUGACACAAGAGUCAAAGGCCGAUGACAACAUAGAUGAGCAAGUCCCCACAGAUUAUCCAAUGAAGGACCUGUCAGAGUCUUCAGAACAUGAACAUGUGGUUUUAGAACACAGUACAACAGAUGAAAUUCCAUCUCUGUCUCUCAAACCAAGGAACAUUCUCCCAUCAGAAACUCUAGAACUAAGUGAUUAUAGUCACGAGCCUUCUCCUUUAACUGUUGAGGGUAGCAGUUUAUCACCGGAAGGACAUAGAAAACCAUCUAAACAGAGCAGAGACUCCUCCACCUCUUCAUCACCAUCACACACCCCUGUCAUACCUGAUCUACUCAGUCAUAUGUCCCAGGACAGCUCGGAUCUGGGAGAGGAUCUUCAAACAUCUGAGUCUGUAUCCCCUAAACUUGACCAGCUUUUGUCAGAACUUGAAGACAUAAAGUCAAAGUUUAGACCAGAGACACUGUUGGCCAUAGACCCACUGGUCUCAGAAUCCAGUGAGGACAGUCCAGAAAUUCUACAACCCUAUAUUGAGUUUAAGGACCUCUCCCCAGAAGAUGACAGACAGUUCUGUGAGGAUGAGGCCUCAAUAUAUCUUGCAGAAACACCAACCGAGGAAGAACUGGUGACAUUAGGAGAUCCAUCCCAAACUCAUCCAACUGAACCUCAGGUUUUCAGAAUAACUCCCGAUCUGAUAAAAACCUCAACAGAACCAACUCAAGUCUUGUCCGAUUCUGUUUAUUUCAGUGAUUUGAGUCCUUUGGCCUCUAUGCUCACUCACAGAGCAGUAAGUUGUGAUAUAAGCGGUUCCAGUGCUGACACAACAAUUAAUUCUAGAUCAGAUAGAAAUCCAGAAUCUUCUGAAAAUUGGUGUGAGGCUCAAGAAAUGUGUUCAGAAUUCAGCGUUCAGACUCAAGAGUUCCAGACUCUCAGACAUGAUGUACCUACAGGUGACGCAUAUUCAGAUCUUUUGACUGAUUCUUCAUCUAUAGAUGAACUUACAGUCCCUGAACACAAGCAUGAAGUAUUUGAAGAUGAAUAUAUCAAACCAGUAUCAGUUGAAAAGAGCAACAUUGAGCAAUGUCAAGUAAUUAAUGAAGUUGAGGAUUCAACUGAUGACCAAAGCAAUGUUGGAAGUUAUAAUUCCACACAGAGAACCCAAGAACUUUCAAUUCUUAGAAAUAAGACUUCACCCGAGACCAACCAGUAUCAAGAACCUUUCCCCAAGCCUGUGUCUGUUACAGCAGAGGCAGUAACAGACUACCGACUUUUCAACUUUGAGGAACUGACUCCGUUUUCAAGUCCUAAUUGUGAUAAUACUUCAUCAAAGGAAGUCAAGGUUAAAGUCAACUCAGAGUGGACAUCUAGUGAUUCAACGACCCCAGUGGACAUGGACUCCCCUUCCACUCAGACAAGUUCAGCCAAACCUGGAGUGCAGACUUUAUCAACCCAGGAUGAAGAGCUCUCUGUGGAGUUCAGUGUUUCACCCGAAAACAAUGAGGCAUACGCCUCACCCGCUAAUCAAUACAAACCUAAGCCUCCAAUGUACGUUAACAUUGUGCAAGGUAGUAUGCACAAAGAAGACUCAGAUACCGAGUCUUACUUUGACUGCAAACAGGCCUUUUCAGACUUCUCAGAAAAUGAGCCGGAUGAACCUAAGAAGCGAUCUAAUCUAAGCCAGGCAGCCAGCCAGCCAGGCCGUCUUUGUGGCCAAGAGCGAAAACAGCCCAAAGGGACGGUCCGCUUUUCACUCAGCAGGCCAGAGUGUGGCGCCCUACUGUCCUCCGGGAGUGAGGAUUUUGAAGAUGUCCAAGAACCUCCAGAUGAACCAAGCAAGGUCACCCAGGAACUGUCCCACACAGAGGAGUCUUUCUUUGAAGCAUCUCAGGAGCUUCCUGUGGGACAGACACCAUUUUGUGAUGAAGAGGAUUCUAUGUGGAGGGCAGAUGAGAUGCCAGAUCUUCCCUCUCAGACGGUUACUGAAGAACAUUACACAGAUGAACAUGGACACAUGGUGGUGAAGAAGGUGACCAGGAAGAUCAUUCGUAAGUGUGUGUCUGCAGACGGUAUGGAGCAAGAAGAGGUGACAGUGGAGGGAUCUCCCCAGGGGUCUGUCAGCGUAGCGGAGGGAGACAGCUACUCCAGGGUGGUGAAGAGGACUGUGCUGAGGAGCGAAGGAGAUCACACAGAGGUGACCUUCACUGACGGGGUGCCAGGAUCAGGGGAGGAGCUUCUUGGAGGUCAUAAGGUCAGCCGGGUCGAGCAGACAUCCGUGGUGGAAGGCGAGAGAAGGGAGACACACCACGGUGACCCCUCACUGACCUCUGACCUUCCCUCGGCCCACGAGGACUUCUCAAUGGGCCCGGAUGCGUAAGGGGCGCACCCAGAGGCGGACAGUAGUGAGGGGAGCUGGGCGAAGCCAGGUCCUCCUGGAGCGCCUGGAUGAUGUUCAAGAGGGUUCACGACCUCAUGACCUUCAGCAGCACCUCCAUCAGCUCAUCCAUAGCUACUGCAAAGAAGAGGGUGAGGAGAAGGAGAGGAAGGAUUAACAGGCUUUCAGCUCUCACCCUCCACUUCUCGUCUCGCCCCUGACGCCCCAUCAGACACGUUUCCACCAAUCCUAUGCAUCAAGCACAUGCAAUCCCAGAAUGCACCUUGGCACCUCACCCCUACCACAGUCUUCCUGUUUUAGUUACAGAUGCCCAUCUGCCCAACAAUCAGAGACAGUUUUCUUUGCAGUGUUUUCCCUGCUUGGUUUUAUUUUCUCAUAAUGUUUCUCAUAACUGUUUUCUUGUAACCUUUUUGUGACCAAAGAGAGUUGCCUGUUGGUUCCUGGUUUUCCGGAGUUUCACUGUCCAUUUAAUUUGCCGUUUGUCUUUUGAGUUUUGAGUCUUGAAGCUGUGGUAAAACGACGACAAAAAAACUAACAAAUGAGAAAAGAAUCCAGACGACUCCUAUACAAACCUCCAACUGAAGAACACAGAGAAUCCUUUCAGCUGGCGUUAGGUGCUGGAGUAAAGAACAACCUGUCACACUGCACUGCCUAUCUCUCAUUCUAGAUAAACCCCCUCACCCAGAAUUACAGUAUAUCACUACUGACACAUUUAGCUCUUUUAGCUCAAAAUUACUGUAUAAAGGAAAAUGUUGCAGACUUUAUUGACACUAACUCCAUACUAUCUGCUGCUGACGUGCUUAAUGUAUGUGUUAUUUCUGUCUUUGGAAAAGUAUCUAUAUAAUCUGUGCAUUUUUAAAUGAUUGGCAACCCUGGUAAUCUAGGCAUCAUUAAUCAACCAUGUGAACUAGAGCAGGCAUGACUAGUCAGUCACUAUGAUCAUAGCUACAGCAAGACAGCUGUCUAGUAGUUAACCACCCCAGCCUUUUUCAUAUUUUUUCUUUCUCUAGCCUGUCUCUCUUGUUCACUUCCCUGGAGUGCUAGAAGUGUUGAACCUAUUGGUUUCAUCCGGACUGUUGUUUGAUGUGCAAGUGGGUUUGUGCAUGUGUGUGUGCCUGGGUUGUGUGUAUGAUGAUAGUCAACAAGUUAUUAAGAGAUAAUGGGUGAGAGAAGGUCUAAGAAGCAUUGAUUGGGUUUGUAUUUGUUAUGUUUUAUUUUGGUUUCUAUUUUAUAGUGUGAGAAGUUAGUGUUCUGAUUUGUGUGUGUGUUUCUAUUAUUUGAAAAGUUGGAGACAGAUUGUCUGACAUUGUGUUGUUGUUGUAUUUCAGGUGAAUCCUCUAAGUUUGAACUAAUUUAUGAAUGUACCUAGUUAGUGUGGGACCAGGUGUAGUUGGAUCUGUGUAUUGUUGAUUUGAUUUGAGCGAUGAAAACAACUUUAUUUCACACAAUCAUGUUGAACUCAACUGAAUGUCAGGAGGAGGCACCUCCACGCCUUGGGCACAGGAAGUGGCGUAAGAAGCAGCAGGAAGUAGAGGAGGCAGCAGCAUUUCUCAACCAAUGAAUUUUGGCAGGACACUGGAUAGAGACUCACCUGGCACAGGUGUGACAUGGCACGUUGAAAGUUUGUAUACAGCCUCAUUCACAGCUCUGGGUUAGCUACUGUGUGUAUCUACGACAUAUAAUGUAUUACUUUCACUAUCACUGUUUACUUUUGAGAGAAAUUACAAAAAAAGUGAAAAUGCAAAACUAGUGGAAGUUCACUGUGACAAGUAGGCUUUUCAUUUGAAGAAAUCAGCAUCCAGUUUAUGUGGUGAUGACAGUUAUAUACAUAUUCUAUUAUACAUAUAUACAUAUCUAUGAGGGCAUGUCAGUUUACUGGAAAUAAUUUAAAAAAGAACAUGACUGAUAGAUAAAUAAAAAUACAAGUGUAAAACCAAA